AUGAAACCAAAUGGCUGGAUUUCACUCAUAUUGAGUAAUAGAGAAUGUAUAGUAUUGCAAUUCGAUAAUGGAGUAUUCAUGAAUCAAGGAUUUGUACUCAAUGAGCAGAAAGUGUUGAAAGUGUUUGGAAAUCAUCAAAUUGGUGCUAUUUCAUAUAAUGAAGAACAAUCCAUAGAAGUAGUAGAAAAAGGAAUCGUGGAUUUGGAUCAUGGAAGUCGAUUUGAAGGAUUGGUAUUGACAGAAAACAAGUUGGGAAUUCCAUUUGGAUAUGGUGAAAUGUAUGAUGAUGAUGGAUUCUUGUUGUACAAGGGCAUAAUGAUCAAUUGGAAACGAUUUGGAUAUGGAACGAGUUAUCAUAAUAAUGGAUGUAUUGAAUAUGAAGGAUAUUGGUGUGAUGAUAAUCGAUUUGGAAUUGGAAAAGUAUAUGAUCGAUAUGGUAAAUUAGUGAAUAAAUGUGAAUGGUGUAAUGGAAUUGAAUGUGAUAUUGAUUAUGAAGGCGAUGGAAGCAAACCACUGAAUAUUGGAAUGAAACAUUUGAAACUGAAUGACAAUUGUAUAUUGGUUGAUUGGGAUGUUUCAUUGUUGUAUAAUUUGGAAUCAAUCGAAAUCGGCGAUGAUUGUUUUGGAUCAGUGAAAACAUUUAAAAUCGAUGGAUUGAAUCGAUUGAAAACUAUCAAAAUCGGAAACAAUUCAUUUACUCAACUGAAAAGUACUGAAAAGUGGGACUGGAGAAAGGCAGACCAAUUGAAAUCAUUCCACAUAUUGAAUUGUGAAUCAUUGGAAUCGAUUCAAAUAGGUGAAUGGAGUUUCAGUGAUUUUGCUGGAGACUUUGAAUUGAAGAAUCUACCACAAUUACAAUCCAUUCAAAUUGGUACCAUUGGGACAAUUAGAAGUUGGUCAUACAAUUUCUGUUAUAGUUCAUUUGUGAUUCGAGGUAUUGAUAUGAUAUCGAAUAUUUGA